AUGGCGGAUGAACCUAACAUCACACCACCACCACCAGCAGAAACUGAACCAACACCCGACCCCGAAAACAACACCCAAACCAAACAAGACAAAGGUUCAAAGAAGAACAUGUUCAAAGACCUCAAAGUGAAACAUGUUACAGGGAUAUUAUCAUUGGUAUCCUUUGUGUUUUCACUUCCGAUCCUUGCUUCUGUCACUUGGUUGCUGUAUAUGAAAAGUUAUGACUGUGAGUGGUUGUUUAAGUUGCCGAGGUUACAGAUUGGGAUCAGUGUUGGGUUGAUUUUAGUGUUCUUGGUUUGUAACGGGGCGUUGUUGUUUCUACGGGCACGGUGGCCGAUGGUGGCGAUUAUUGUUGUGACGGUGCCGUUGACGUUGAUGUUUACUGUUGGAUUGGCAUUGCUUGGUUCUAACAGUUUGGAAUCGAGGAGGGUACCGGCGACGCCGUUGUGGUUUAAGAUGAAGGUUGACGAUGAUGGGCUUUGGAAUAAUCUUAAAGGGUGUAUUUAUGAUGUUCAUGUGUGUCAAGAUUUGGCUGCUUCGUCGAUGCCUUUGAAACCGAGUGAUUUCAAUAAGAAGAAAUUAUCAUACGUUGAGUCCGGAUGUUGCACACCACCAGAAGAGUGCCACAUGCGGUACGUAAACGCCACUUUCUGGGAAAAAGACGAUACACCGGAAACCGAUCCGUCGGUAAACGCCGACUGUAAUGCAUGGAAGAACGACAGGGACGUAUUGUGUUACGAUUGCCAAAGCUGUAAACAAGGUUACGUCAAGGCAUUGAAAAGCAAAUGGUCCAAACUUGGGGUGUUCUUGGUUUCCAUGGCGGUGUUUCUCAUAGCUUGUCAUAUGGCUCUGUUCUUGGCUACCAUGUGGGAGAUCCACUGUACAUGAUGGUAGCGCAGUGUGAGAGAGAUGAAUGAAAAAGUUCAAUUCUUUGGUAUUUUUGGUUGUAGCCCUUUUUCUUUUGUUUUUUGCUAUUUAAUCCUUAGGGUUUCGUUUGGUUAAAUAACUUGUUUUAAUUGCUAGACCCUAGACGUCUAAGAGGAGAGUAGUCAUGUUUUUGUUCUAGUACGAUUCGUGUCGUUUUGGUGUAUUUCGAUGUAUCAUUUCAGGUUAAAUGCUAUUUAAUGUUU